UAUUUGCAACUCAGUGUUUAAUUCUUGAUAUGGAUAAUGUGCAUCUACCUCGCAUGUAUAAAAGCUAACUACCGAACACAAUUUUUUUAAUUAGUGCCACCAUGAACACCAGAGUUCUUGCUUUAUCACUAACUUUUGCAGCACUUUGUAUUAUACCGUCAGAAUUGCAACAAACGAACAAUUCCACAUGCUCUACUAAAGUAAUGUCUGCAGCGUACUGUAUUGUACAACGAAUCAAACAAAAAAUUAAUGCCUUGCAACUCAACACAGCUAGCCAAUCUGAAAAAAUAUGUUUCGCGAGUGGCUUGGCAGACGUCAUAAAUGGACUGUUUAUUACAACUGGAGGUCUCGUUUGUACUCUGGCUCAAAUUUUGGAGUCAUUACUUGGAGGACUCCUAGGUGGCCUUUUGGGAUAAAUUAUGAUUAUUAAAUAUGGGUAC